UGCUGCAACAGAUACAGUAUCAAUAACCAUGGAAUGGGCCAUGGCUCUGCUCAUAAACCAUCCUGAGGCUAUCAAGAUGAUCAAAGCUGAAAUAGAUGAUCAUGUUCCGGAUAACAGGCUACUAGAAGAGCAAGACUUGCCAAAGUUGGCUUACCUACAAAAUGUAGUCAAGGAGACCCUGCGUUUGUAUCCACCAAUUCCAUUUAUGAUCCCUCAUGAAGCCUCUCAAGAUUGUACAGUGGCAGGUUAUUGUGUAUCAAAGGGUACAAUGUUGCUGGUGAAUUUGUGGGCUAUUCAUAGAGACCCCAAGCAGUGGGAGAAUCCAACAAAGUUUAUACCAGAGAGGCAUGAAGGGAGGAGAGUGGAUGAGUAUAGUCUAAUGCCAUUUGGUGCCGGAAGGAGGGGUUGUCCGGGGGCAGGGCUGGGAACUAGGAUUCUGGAAUUGGUGUUGGGGACACUUGUUCAGGUAUUGGAGUGGGAACGAACCAGUGGAGAGUUAGUGGACAUGACUGAAGGUAAAGGGUUCAGCCUUCCAAAACUCAAGCCAUUGGAAGCUAUUUGCAGACCUCGACAAGCCGUAGUUCAGCACUCUCUUGUACGCUUUUGAAUUUUGUCUGUUGAAAUUAAAAGGUGAAUCUUGGAAUCAGAAAUGAUUGAAUAAGGCAAUUGUUUUAGCUUGUAACU